CACACACACACACACAUCAGGGUGUGUAAACCAUUUUGUCUCCCCAGUAGGACCCAGUCUUGAUGUGUGUAUCAGUAAUGAGGACGACUGCUGCUCUGCUCUCUCUCUGUUUUUGGGUAAACGCUGCCAUUCAUGCCGCUCAGACAGGUCCAAAGUGUGGAGUCCCUCAGGUGUGGAGCCCAAUGGCUCAGUCUCUGAGGGUGGUUGGAGGGACUGAGGCCAGACAUGGAUCACACCCAUGGCUGGUUUCACUACAGCUCAAGGGCUCUCAUUUCUGUGGAGGGGCCAUUCUGAGUGACCGCUGGAUCAUGACUGCUGCACACUGCUUUGCAUCAGUCUCAAAAGAGUUUCUCAGCGGUGUGAGAGUGGCAGUGGGAGAGUUUGACCGCAGAGUGGACGAUGAAGACGAGCAGGUCUUUUGUGUCAAGACAGUCUCAGUGCAUGAGAAGUACCAUCAUUCUUUGCCCAUGAGCCACGACAUAGCUCUGGUAGAGUUGGAUCAACACAUCCAGCUGGGGGCCCAUGUCCAGCCAAUAUGUCUACCUUUGCCUGAUGAGAAAAUCCUUCCUCAAACCAGAUGCAUUGUGGGUGGAUGGGGCAGGAUGAAGGAAAGGGGUCGUCUUCCUGCCGUACUGAGAGAGGUCCAGUUGGACUUGGUGGACCCAGCCAAGUGUAAAUAUGUCCUCCAGACUGUCAAAAGUUCAGUUCUGAACCGAGGACCAGUCCGACCGCAGCCGGCCAUGACAGUUCUGUGUGCCGGGCCAGAGAGAGGAGGCAGAGAUGCCUGUCAGGGAGACUCAGGGGGUCCUCUGGUAUGUCCAGCGGGGUCAGGUGGAGGUCACUGGGUGGCACUGGGCGUAACUUCCUGGGGUAAGGGAUGUGGUCGGAGCUGGGGAAACAACAGCAGCCGCCCCCCUUCCAGAAGAGGAUCUCCAGGGGUUUUCACUGAUGUGAGGCUGCUGCUGCCCUGGAUCAAACGUAAACUGCGAGAGGCUGAUGAGCAACAGCAGGGAAGGACUUUAUUGAGACUCUGCAGCGUGAGAGAUGGGCCUGUAACUGACAGCGAGGGAGUAAUCAGAAACCCCGCCCUCCCUGGUGAUCACUACGACAACAACGAGUUGUGUGUGUGGAGUAUCAGUGUUCCUCCAGGUUUUAGUAUUCUGUUGGAGUUUGAGCAUCUUGAUCUGGAGGAUGAUUCCUACUGUCGCUACGAUCGACUCACUGUAUCAGUGGGGAGCCACAGGCCUGUUGGAAUGUUCUGUGGAAGCGUCCUACGCUGGCCAGUGCUUCUAAGUCAUUCCCAGAAUGCAACACUUCUCUUCUCCUCUGACAUUAGCAGAGCAGGAAGUGGCUUUGUCAUUAGGCAUCGUGCUGUUCAGGGACACUCUAAUCCCGGAUGUGGAUCAGUUGUUCUGGUCGAGGAUCAGACUGUUGUCCACAGCCCAAAUUACCCACAACCCUACAGCGAUGACUGUGUCCUCCGCUGGGUCAUCUACGCUCCACAGGGUCAUGUUGUUAAGCUUGAUUUUGCUGACAUUGACCUGGAGGAGUCAGACAGGUGUCUGUUUGAUUCCCUCACUGUCCUGGGAGAUGUGGAACAAACGGAAGAGAUAGCGGUGCUGUGUGGUGACAGUAUUCCUCCUCCCGUCCUGUCCUACCACAGCGUUAUGGUGCUUCACUUCACUUCAGACAGCAGCAUCACGCACAGAGGCUUCAAGGCUUCACUAACAUUCAUCAGUCACGCAGACCUCCACCAUGAUGAGGACAGAGCUGAUGCAGAGCGUCAGGGGGGCGUUAGUUACGAAGAUCAUCGAACAGCUAACUGGAGACGCACAGCAUCAUAUGGUUGGGUGAACUUGGAUCUAGCUGACCCAGGCGUGCAGCAGUCCAGCAGCAGAGUCCUGUCCUCCCAGGCUGAUGUGGCUCAGAAGACUCCAGAGGAUCCCAGACUGAAUGUGGGCAUGGCUUCAGAUGAUGAAGACUACAGUGGAGAAGCCUCAGGCACAGUGUAGUUGCCAUGCUCCUGGCUUGAAGGAUGGUGAUGUUGGACUGUCAGACAUUCAUGGUCCCCAGAGGAUGAAUCCUAAUGAUUUUGGUGAUCCCCUGACCUGUUUUACACUUUAUACUUGCUAAACAUCAGCAUGUUAGCAUCAUCGGCCCCAUUGUGCCAACUUCUUAGUUUUGUUUAUUUUCCUCUUAAACAGAAAUAUCUGGAUAUAUUGUUUAUUUUUACCAAAUCAUCAUUUCAGGGGUUUUCUUUGUUUACAAAUUGACAUAUUAUACACAAAACACAAAAAGGGCUAAUAAAGUAUUAUGUUCCGUUAUAGAUUUAAAAAAAAAAUCAUGUAUGUGAAAUUGUAACAUUAAGUAACUUUUCAAUGCAUGAACUUUUACUUGUGACAGAGUUUUAACAGUGUGUUAUAUUAUAAAUAUUAUUACUUUUUCUUAAGUAAAGAAUCUGAAUACUUCCUCUCUGCUCCAUAAACAUGCUUAUACUUAUUUUUGCAUUAGGAUGCAUUAGAUGCUAUAUUGUUUUUUAUGCUAAUAAAAUUUAUCUAGAGCAACUUGUACUUUGUCUUGUACUUUAUAAAGGCCAUUUAGGCCUAGAACAGAUAACGACCGAGGUUAUUUGAUGCUCAUUUUUGCUGCUAAUUCUACAGGUACAUCAGAAAUUUUCUGUUUUUUUAUUUCUCAGUUGUUUUUGUAACUUUGCUGCCACUCAAACUUAGUUUAGAAAUAUCUGUCAGUCUGUAAGAGCUCACAGUCCUUUCCUCUGAGCUGUUGAAGUAAUUCAUUUACUUGAGGACAAACUUUUCUACCAUGUAUUUUGUUAAAAUGCAAAUUGUUUAAAAAUUAAAUGUCCUGUUUCUUUUAUUAGCUUUAAAAAUGCAGAACUUGUCAUUUCCUCUGUAAUGAAUAAACUACUU